UAAUGCAGCUUUAAGUUGGCAACUCAGUCGUUACAGAGCGGAUGAUGAUCUACCUCCUUGUAGGAAACAUUCGAGCGAGGAUUUUCGGCCCGUCCUGGGGUGACCCCCUGCGGUGUAACGUUUCACCGCACCUGCACCUGACAGCACCUGCAAACUUUCCUGAUGCCCGGCUGAGUGAAAUUUAAACGAUCUAAACCAACUUUUACCUAAUUUCUUUCACGAUUUGGUCGACUAUGGACGCCAAGGUGGAUCUUUUGUCCAUUGCGGAAGAGGAUGUGGAAAGGUUUCUGUUUUGUGCGGAGUCCCGUACCGACACGCCUCCCCCUAAACCUGCCGGCCUGCAGAACGCCAAGCGCCGAAGAACUCGCCGCCGAGGCCCGAUCAGCAGCAAAGCGGGUCCCUGGAGAAGGAAGAUGUUGAGGCAGGGAGUGAACGGGAAGAUGACGGUUCGGGACGGCCUGAGCAGGAUCAAAACUCUGGUCCCGUACGUGGCUGAGCAGCCUGCGGCAUCCGUAUCCGACAUGUCAGAGCUGGAAAUCAUCCACAGUGCGACUCGCUACAUCACAGAACUGGAGGUGCAACUGAUGAAGUUGAGAACAGGGAAGACGAGUGGAAGGCAUGUCAAGAAUACAUCAGGAUCCCCCUCCAAACAUUUGGUAGACUCCUCUACCUCAACCACUGUACAUGAAUCGCAGACACUUACAGUUGCAAGCCCAGUCCCAAGCCCCUUCAAGAAAUCAGAGCAAUGUCCCAAGGCAAGAAUGGACAUAGUUAAGAAAGAAGCAGUCAAGAACAAUACAGGUUUUCCUGGCAAGAACUAUUUCAACGUUCCUGACAUGGAAGACUUCAAGUCUGGAGAUGAGAGGCUGGUUAAGGAGGACUUGACCGUACUGAUGUCGCUGGACAAUGGGGUGGACAGCUGUUCGUCCAGUGACUCUGUGUCCUCCCCGCUGGCCGCAGGUGCUGAAGGUGUGGACUGUGGUCAGCUGCUCAGGGACACAGAUGUACUCCUCUUCCCUGACACCUUCUUCACCCAGCUGAAUGAACUGCUCCCUAAAGACCUGAACACCCCUAGCGAUACGAUGGAAUCACCCACCGAUACAACCUUUCCAGUUCAAGAUGAGGAGAAAAGGAUCAUGGGUAAUGUGAGCGACACACCUGCAACCAAGAUGGAGUAUGUGUUUGAAGACAGUCUGGAGAUUGAAGAAUUUCAGACGACAGGUCUUGAGGAGGACUAAGAUAUUUCAAGAUUGGGCCUUGAAGAAGAUGGCACAUACAAAGGGUGUGCUGAAUAAAAAUUGGUCAGGUUAUGCUUCCCAUGGUCUAGCAGGUUUUGAGAGAAAGCAAGAUGAAAGAAAAAAGUGACCCCGAAUCAUAGCUGUUAUAAAUGUUUUUGACAUUACAAACAGUUGAGUGUGGAGUUUAUAUUGUUAAAUUUAUGAGGUUAUCAUUUUACAUUCUGGUUGCCAAAUUUGGUGAUGUAAGAGGAACCUACAUGUAACUUUUAAAUCUUAAUAGUGACAAAUGCCUAUAAAGGACAUGCGUAUCUUCCAUGAAUUUAACUCUUAAACCUAUUUUUACAGCUGAACAUCUUUCAUGAGUAAUACAUGUAUGAUACUUUGUAAUUGUAUCUGUCAAUUCAAGUUGAAUUUUAAAGUUAUGAAAUGUUGCAGAUUCAAUGAAAUACAACUUAUGUUAUGCUAAUGAAAUACAAAUAAUGUAAAGACAUGAACUGUUCUUUGUAGAUAUCAAUGGUUCUUCUAAUGUUCC